AUGAAAAAGCAGCUGGUUGAUCUACAAGAUGUUCUAGCGACGGUCACUCGAGAUGCCACCGAGAAUUCGCGCAGAGCUGCUGAAUUGCAAAAUUCGAGAGACGAGCUGAAGAGGGCGUUGGAGAUGGCCGAACUGAAAAUCCAGGAACCAUUGAAACGGAAAAUUCGGACGCUCUCAGACGAUCUUCGCGAAUCAGAAUUGAAAAUAUCUGAACUUACCGGUCUCGUUGCAAGCCUCAACUGCGGACGCACAUAA